ACCGCCUACCUGAGUCAGUUCAGCGGCUAUAACGCGCUCACUGUGCGGCAUGUUCACUCGGCACGCCGGUGCACGUUGUCAGCCACUUAUUUCGGGUCAGCGACUGGACCGCGGCCACGGCUCGAUCGUAACGGAGCGCGUGGAUGGAGAAGGGGUGGGCGCGGGGGGUCAGCGUCGCCGCACAAAAGCCGUUUCUUUACCUGCCCUCCCGGCCGCGGUGCACGGGGGAGCGCGCCUCUAAGCUGAUUGGAACCGGAGGAUGUGAAUACCUCCCCGGGAUUAUUAGAGGGUUAUUGGCGGAGGAACAAUGCGCCGGGACUCGGCGCGUCAUUCCCGGCUUUUGUUGGCGAGGCGGCGGACGCACGGUCCCGGGUCUCCAGACUCUUACGAGUGAGCCCACGCAGCCUCCCCGCUCGGUCUGUUCAACCACCCGGCGUGGAUAAUAUGACUUCCUGGCCAUUAACAUAUGGCAGCGUCCCUCUGUGUCUCCUGCUCAUAGUUGCUCUCUGCGCUGGAACCUCCCCCCCGGGCGACAACUUGUGCUCAUCUGCUCCGAUUACGUCUUGCAAAGAGUGUCUCCGACGUGGGCCGCAGUGUUCUUGGUGCUUCAAGGAGGAUUUUCUGGAGGAGGCGGGUGCUGGCCAUCGCUGUGACCUACGGGCGAACCUGCUCAGAAGAGGCUGUGGCCCGGAGUUCACAGAGAACUCAGACGUCAAAGUGGACGUCGACACCACCGUCGGCAGCACACAAGUGUCCCCGCGUGACAUCGCCGUCACGCUCGCCCCGGGUUCCGAGGCGAGCUUCGUCGUUGCCGUCAAGCAGCUGCCACGGUAUCCGGUGGAUCUUUACUACCUGGUGGAUGUGUCGGCAUCCAUGCAGGAAAAUCUCGAUCAUCUCAAGACAGUGGGCGUAGCUCUGUCCCUGCGUAUGACGGAAUACUCCUCAGACCUCUGGCUAGGUUUCGGCUCCUUUGUGGACAAGCCGGUGUCGCCUUACAUUAACGUGCAUCCCACCAAGAUCAACAACCCCUGCAGUGACUACGAGAUCCGCUGCCGACCCGCCCACGGCUUCCACCACGUCUUAAGCAUGACUGGAAAUAUGAGCGAGUUCACACGCGUGAUCAAACGCCAACGCAUCUCGGGUAACAUGGACACACCUGAGGGAGGCCUGGACGCCAUGUUGCAGGCCACUGCGUGCCAGAGAGCUGUGGGUUGGCGUCCAGAGGCCAAGCGUCUGUUGCUCCUGAUGACCGACCAGCCCUCUCACCUCGCCCUGGACAGCCGACUGGCAGGAAUUGUCAUUCCGCACGACGGCUUGUGUCACCUGGAAAACAACGUCUAUACUGGGAGCACCAGGAUGGACCAUCCCAGUCUGGGCCAGUUGUCUGACAAGCUCCUGGAAAACCACAUUCACUCCAUCUUCGCGGUGGAGAAACAGCAGUACCAGUGGUACGAGGAGUUAGUGCGCUUGCUCCCUGGCUCCUACCUUGGGAAGAUCGGCUUCUUCCAGUCGCCAAACCUCAUCGAUCUAGUUGUGGACUCGUAUAAGAGCUUGUUGUCAGAUGUGACACUGUCAGUGUCAUUGGAUGACAAGGCACUCAGCAGGUACUGGACGGCCGUGUCCCCCAUCUGUCCUGAAGGAGCAACCCCCAAAGAGCUGGGCUGCUUGGGGGUGCAACCGAAUCAGACGGUCUACUUCAACAUCACCAUUGGCCUCCACUCCUGUCCUGACCACGGUGCCGAUGAGGACAUUCAAGUGAUGGUUCGCCCCGUGGGCUACAAUGAAUCCACCACUGUGAGGAUCCAUUCAAAAUGUCAGUGCAGUUGUGGGUCAACAAGACGCUGCCACGAGAGCGGACGCUCGCUAUGCGCGGGGACCAUCCACGGCCCCGGUUGGGAGCAGAACCCGCAUCGGGGAUUUGUUAACGAAUCAAACUGGAUUUGCCGAGCGGAAGGCGCUCAGGUGGACUGUAGCGGUCGUGGAGUGUGUGAAUGUGGGAGGUGUACGUGUGAGCACAGCAGACUCGGCACGAUCUAUGGGAAAUACUGCGAGAGUGAUGACUUCUCCUGUUCUUACAGAGACGGACUGCUAUGUGCGGCACGUGGUGCGUGUGUGUUGGGUGAAUGUGUGUGCGAGGACAACUGGACAGGCGAUAGCUGCGAUUGUCCCGUCUCAACAACGACCUGCCAAUCACCGGAUGGCUCGCUGUGUAGCGGACGAGGCUCGUGUGUGUGUGGCCAAUGUGUGUGCGACAAUCACAGAUACUCCGGAGACUUCUGCGAGAGAUGUCCUGCUUGUCAAAGCACCUGCCAAUCAAAUUGGAAGUGUGUGGACUGUCACAUGUCUCGCGGUUUCAAACAACACGAGGCGGGAUACUGCAACCACACUUGCGAUUCGGACGUUGUUUACAACGGCGACGUGAAGUCAGCAGGGCGGAAGUGGAUUCAGUGCAUGUACAUGAGCAGCGACAACUGUCGGUAUUGGUUUCACACAAAUUUUGAGUCUGGACGGAGCCGGCUUCACAUUAGCACAAGAGCAGAGUGUGCCAGUAGAGGUCGGCUGGUUGGGACCUUCCUGAGUGUGUGCGCACUGACAGUUCUGUGCGGGCUGGUAGUGGUGGCAGUGUCUAGGCUGCUUCUGCAGAAAAGAGGCUGGUCACCUGGAGAUGCCAGCAUGGAUGGAGAAUACAACUGCACUGGCAAGGAAUUGUCCUACAUCCCUACAAGCAACGAGAAGACAGUCACUUACCGAAGAGAUCGACCGCCUAACCAUUCGAUGGAGAUGACCGUACACGUAAAAAUGCCCCUUGGUGAACCCUGGCAGUAAUGCCAGUUGGGGGGUCAAGUGGACACAUUCCAAGGAGUAGAAUUGGACUCUGUUCUGCGUUCCUGUAGAUAUGCAAAGUCUGAUGGUCGUAAGAAAUUUAAAACCUCUAUUGAAUUAUGGUUAUUAUUAUUACGAUUUUAAGUUCAAGAGUUUGGGACUGAGGUUGCCAGUAAGAGUAUUGUGGAGAUGGCCCGAUUAUUUAAAAAAAAAAAAGUCCUCCAAACUCUCAGUGUAAAAGCACUAAGUCUUCUUCAAAGAUGAUCAGUCAUGACCACUUAAUUUUAUGUUUACGUCUGGUGUCAGGGCUUCUGGUCAAAAGGUUGUGCUCCAAAUACUGCAUUAUGGUUCAGAUAUAGACUGCCCUCUUGUGGCUAACAUAAGGUACGAUUUUUUUAAACUUUACCAUUCAUGCUGUCUGCACAUAGUACCGGUACAUGGGCUUUAUUACUUAGGGUUAAUUUAUGACGGGCACUUGUGACAAUUUUCUCUUUCGUGUAAAUGUUUUGGUUCAUUGAUUCACGUUGUUUCAUCGUUUAUGUUAACUGAUUAACUACAUUGCUUUUUUUUCCUAUCAGAGGAUUUUCUUGUGAUUUGAAGUUGUCGAUCGGUUUAGACUUGCACUUGUUUUGCAUUGUACUACUGAGGUGUCUCUUCAUUCCAGGGCAUGAGAGCUGUUCAGCGGGAUUCAAGUAACAUUUUUUUUUGUGCUAAACUGGGCAUUAAGGGUGCAGAAACAAAUCCACUGGAAUAACAAUAAAAGUGUAACAUUUACCAGAAUAUAUCAUCACAGGCAUAAACAAUUGACCUCAAAUGAGAAGUGCACUUGCUGUAUGUUGGUCUACUGCCACAUCUAACUCAAUUGGGCUGAUGACUUUAUACUUUUGAUUCCUUGGUAUGUCCCAAGCUAAGCUCGAAAGGUACUGCGAUCCAAAGUGGAAGAGCGUUCUUCUGCUACUCUCCUCAUGCACUAGAUGACUUUCCAUUCCUUUUCCAUUUUUGUGAUUUUAAUUUGAGGCGAUGAUGUUUACAGCAAUAGCUGCUUUAUCUUUUUUUUUUCCUGUUAAGCCAGAAACACUACUAUUUAUUGUAAUGUAUUUUCUUAUUAAUUGAUAAGCAAGUUGUACAAUUCUAAGAUGAGUCUACUUGAGCUGCAAUGUUGUUUUCGGUCAAAAAAUAAUAAUAGCAAUCAAGCUAUCAGCAAUAAGUGAAUCAUCUCAUUGAAAUAACAGCAGCACUUCUGUGUCGUUUCUGUGUCCCUCGUGAAUUGUGUAUCAUGUCUUUCAAUCACAAUAAAAGAGUGCAAGAUUUUUCCAAACUAA